CUCCACACACUUCCACACCUCACUUCCAAACCUUUAGCCUUCAACAACUUCCUUCUUAGGUUUUCUUAGCCUUGCCCAUUACAAUGGCUUUGAAAACUUUAGUCUUAUUUGCUUGUUUCCUUAUCGUAUCCACCCAGGUGUACGCUGACGGUAACUGUGCCCCAGUUUACUCCCCACCGCAGUCUCCAUCCUCUCCACCACAAGGUUCCGCCACUCCCCCAGUCUACACACCACCACAAACUCCUACAACUCCUCCUGCCACUCCUCCAACCUACACUCCACCACAAGCUCCUACAACUCCUCCGACUACUGCCACUCCCCCAACUACUGCGACUCCCCCAACAUAUACCCCACCACAAGCCCCUACAACUCCCCCAACUUCAGCCACUCCUCCAACAUAUACUCCACCACAAGCUCCUGCGACUCCCCCAACUACUGCGACUCCUCCUACAUACACCCCACCACAAGCUCCUACAACUCCCCCGACUCCGGCUGCUAGUCCACCGGUUAUCGCUACUCCUCCAGUAUACACUCCACCACAGGUUCCAGCCACUCCCCCUACACCUGCCACUCCUCCAGUAUACACUCCACCACAGGUUCCAGCCACUCCCCCUACACCUGCCACUCCUCCAGUAUACACUCCACCACAGGUUCCAGCCACUCCCCCUACACCUGCCACUCCUCCAGUAUACACUCCACCACAGGUUCCAGCCACUCCUCCUACACCUGCCACUCCUCCAGUUUACACUCCACCACAAGCUCCUGCCACUCCCCCAACCUACACACCACCACAAUCUCCAUCUACUCCUCCAGCCCAACCUCCUUCUGCGUACCCACCAAUUCCAGUAACUCCUGCUGCACCUUACAACCAUGGGUUCUGUGUGGUCGAAUGCAUGAAUAGGUGCAAAUCUUCACCAGCUUACGUCGGAAGGACAAGGAUGUGUGUGAGAAUAUGCAGCGCAUGUUGUAAAGAAAAUGACAAGUGUGUUCCUAGUGCUGCCGUUACCUGCCCCCGUUGGGACUCCAUUGUGUACCAUGGCUAUACCGUACAGUGCCCUUAAACAUGCAUCAACUUAGGGCUACUUGCUCUAACACCAAAACUACAAUUAUAUGUACUAUGUUAGCAAAUUAUAUGCUUGAACCUUAUAAUAGCUACUUUCCUUUGAUACCUUUAUAAUAAUUGUAAGUCAAACGAUACUAGUUCGUCUUGAAUAGGGUGGUACAUACUUAUUAGGAGAUAUGUAUCUCAAUUACUUCUAUAGCCGCAGUGUUGUACUCCCUAGUUGUAUUCUUGUUUUAACAAUAAUUUAAUGAAGUGUCAUCUUUCGUAA